AUGACCGCAGCGACCUCUUCCAUGGCUGACAUUGCUAAACCUUCUUUGGGUGUAAUGAAAAGAAAAAGCAUUAUUAUCCCUCAAUCACUUAACCAUCGUAAACUUAAAGAUGCAAUUAAAAAAGUUGUUGAUGAAAUAUUAGAACUUUUCAUUGAAGCUCAACAAAUUGGCAAAGAUGAUAAUGGAACUACAAAAAUGAUUUUGGACCAUAUUAAAAAGCGAAAUACUAAUGCUGUAGAAGUCCUAGAAUGGUUAUUAAGUAAUCAACAUACGCUGCAAUACAAAACUCUUCUUGGUUACUUUUAUUUACAUGACAUUGGCACGGAAAUAGAUACCAGAAAGGCUUAUGUUUUGUAUUUAGCAGCUGCAAAAAAGGACUAUCCUAUUGCUCAAUAUUUGCUUGGUGAAUGCUAUUCGUCGGGUUCCGGGACGAAAGCCGACGAUAAACUUGCAUUCCAAUGGUACCAAAAAGCUGCUGAAGGUGGAAGUACUAAUGGAAAUAUGGUCGGAAUGCAUUUUCUUGCUGAUUGCUACGAAAAGGGAACUGGAACAGCAAAAAACGUAGAUAUGGCAAUUCAUUAUUAUUCCAAGGCGUCUAAACUUGGCCACGAAAGCUCACAAAUUGUACUGAAUAAACUCUUGAAGGCAACCAGUUCUCCUCCAUCGUAG